AUGGACGACGGCGAGACAAUGCGUUUAGGACCGAAAGGGCAGAAGAGGGUCGAGCUGACGAUGAUCAGCGUUACAGUUGCUGCACAUGGUCGAAGUCGACGUUGUGUUGGAGCACAUUUAAGAGCUUACGGUAGCGGCAGAUUGUCUAUAGGGGAUUUGAAUCGAAAUACCAUACAGAAGAAGGCCACACAGAUCCGAGCACAAACCUACUGGAGAAAAUUGUGGGAAAGAUUCUGUGGCUUGCUCGUCGCUAUUCUGCAGUUUUGCUUUCCAGCUCUAUUCCGAUUUCUCUACACACCUUGCAGUCCGAAGUUCAAACAAAACAAAUUCCAAACGGAUCUCAAAUCUACCUGCGUACCAUAUUCGCCGCUUCAUCAGUUUCCAAAUGCUCUGCUAACGCGCAUUUUCGGCUUCCUUGACUGCAAAUCGCUACUGAGCUGCGAAUCGACGUGCAAACGAUGGAGAACUGUGAUAGAAAGAAAUCUAGACUCUCUUCCGAAGCUGCCUACGGAUCAGAUUCGCAUCCUCUUCGACGAGGCCGAGGUUUUUAUUUAUCCACUUGAUGCGAGAAAGUGUCCAGUUCGCUAUGACAUGCCUUCCCUUCAGGCUCUGGAACGACGCCUACGCCACCUGACGACACAGUCGCUUUUCAUUCGCGGCUUGAUUCCUGUCGAGUCAUCGCCAGUACUUCAAUCAUUGCUCUCACUCGCUCUCCGACCCCAGCAAAUCUAUUUCAUAUGGAGCAAGUUUAGCCCAGCCAGCAUUCCAACGCUUGAGAAAUUCUUCCGCGCAAAUCGAGACACUGUUGUGGAUAUUGGUUUGGAGGAGUGCUCACCGCCAAACCUCUUCACUGACAAGCUUUUGGAGCCGCUAUUGCCUGGUACGGAUUAG